GUUCGGAAAAUAAGUGGAAAAUAACCCGCGGUUUACUUGACUGUACCUCACCUCGCCUCCCCGAUCCCUCUUUCUCCCCUCGGUAGAGCCAGGGCGCGACCGCGCGAAGGAAGCAACGAAAGCCCAAAGCUGGCGCAUCCUUAGCACCCAAGGCAAGAAGAAAGAGGCGUCCCGGAGGCAGAGCCAAGAGGAUCCAUGGAUCGGCCCCAGGUGGUCAGCGAGAACUAUGCCAAUCCUAUAACAUGCCUCUUCCAUGUGCUCUUCAAGGCGUCGGCGCUGGCGUUCUACAUCCUCUUCUCGCUCUUCGUGAAGAGCUUCGUCAUCAUCUUUGUCAUCACCGUUCUCCUCGCUGCGCUUGACUUCUGGGUGGUGAAGAAUGUCAGCGGAAGGAUACUCGUCGGGCUGCGGUGGUGGAAUGAGAUUGACGAUGAUGGCAACAGUGUGUGGAAGUUCGAGUGCCUCGACGGCGAGUCUCUCGCUCGGAUGAACAAAAAGGACUCGUGGCUGUUCUGGUGGACUCUUUACUUGAACGCUGCUGCAUGGAUCAUUCUUGGGAUAUUUUCACUCAUUAGACUUGAAGCUGAUUACCUUCUUGUUGUUGGAGUUUGCUUGACUCUAAGCCUUGCAAACAUCGUGGGGUUCACCAAAUGCAACAAAGAUGCCAAGAAGAACAUCCGAGCUUUUGCUGAAAAUGCCGCUCAAAACGCCAUCACAUCCCGCAUCACAUCAUCCCUUCAGUCAGCAUUCGGUAUCUGAAGUCCAGAUUACAGAGGCCCAAAAUUACAUACAACUGUGUACCAUCUGUCAAAGAAGAUCAGCUUCUGAUAUCCCGUUUUCAUGUGAUUUUGGCUUAUAUACCAAGUAGGUCGAUUUUGAUUGGAGUGACACUAUGAUGGAAUACAGCGUACUAAUUAGCCCUAGGUAAAUUUACACUUUCUCCUGUACUAAAGAGCAUACUUCUUCUCUUGUACCCUGGUGUGGCCUAGAGGUCCGAAGCAUGUCUUCCAAUACAGAAGGCCUUUUUUGUUUGUGAAAA